AUGGGUCUUUAUGGCUAUGGAGGUGGACAGGCGGGAUAUGCCGAGUCGGCGUCCUCGUGUGAUCCCUCUGAGGCGCACUGGGCAAGACAAGAAUAUAUUUAUCCAUCUGAGGAUUGUUUCUUUGCUGUGCAAUACUGCCCUUCUGAACCAAAACCCCAGAUUGAAUUGUUCCCCGAUGAAGAGGAAAGACUCUUGGAAGUAUACUCCCCUCCGGCAUCUGCACCAACUGACAACUCUUCGUCUACGUUAGGAGAAUAUUCGAUCAACAAUGACUUUGACGAGGUGAUGUCGAUUCACUUUAAUGAUCUUCUGGGAUUGCAGAGCAUUGGACAGAAGUACGCAGAUGACGAUGGGAAGUCCCGUGGUUAUCACCCUGGAUACUAUUAG